CCCCCAGCCUGUAGGUGUAUCUCUCUGCCUAGCUCUAGUAAGUGAAGCAUGACUCUCCUUUGUGUCCCUUUUGGUGCUGUCUUCCUGGUGACUUCUGUAUAAGAGUAUCCAGUCUUGUUGCAAGCCUGGUGUUCUCUGGGUAUCCUGUUCACUCAUUAACAUUGAUGAUCCUCUGUGCAGUGAAGCUACCAAUUUCCUCAAACACCUUCUUACUCCCACAAGAACUCUUUUGAAAUGCAUGUUCUUGGACACAUCCCAAUCUGCCUACCUGGGGUAAGGUCCCUGCAUUUUACUAUUACAAGCCCUCCUGGUGAUUAUGAUGGUGAAGGUAAGAACCAUGCAGUUAGAGUUCUUCAUGGAAGGUCCCGCUAUCAUGUUCACUUGUAAAUGAGGGAACAUCUUUGACAUUAUUUGUAGACUACAAGUUGUGGUUGGAAGAUCUUUCCCAGAUUCAGAAUUCUCACUGCUCAAUCUUUCAUGUCAGCUUUCUUCUCAUCAUACAAUUUUCCUCAGCCCUCCUAGGCCUCCCCAGUGAUAGUGUGUGUUCCCUGAGAUGACUGUGUCUCUCAACCUUUCUAACUUCCAUGUCUGUGUUCACAGAGAGGUUCAGUGUGCUUGGCCCCUCAGAUCCCAUUGUGGCUGUGCUGGGGAAGGAUGCCACACUGCCCUGCUUCCUGGACCCAGUCAUGAGUGCAGAGAACAUGGAGUUGAGGUGGUUCCGGUCCAAUAUCUUGGAGUCAGUGUUCACCUAUCAAGACCAACAGGAGCGGAAUGAGGAGCUGAUGGCCCAGUACGCAGGGCGGACCUCGCUGGUGGGGGAAUUCCUCAGUGAGGGGGAGGCUGCUGUGACCAUCCACAAGGUCCAGGCUUCUGACAACGGGCUGUACACCUGCUUCUUCAGCAACGGAGUCUUCCGUGAGCAAGCCAGCUUGGAGCUGCAGGUGGCAGGUGUUGGCUCUGCCCCCCAAGUGCACAUCACAGGGCCAGAGGAAGACGGAGUGCAUGUGGUGUGCAUGGCCUCAGGCUGGUUCCCGGAGCCCCAGGUGCAGUGGACACAUUCCCGGGGGGAGCAGUUCUGGGAGUUCUCCAAGGUCCAGGCCCAGGACACUGAGGGGCUGUUCAGCGUGGAGGCUGCUCUGGUGGUGAGAGACAGCUCUGUGGGGAGUGUGACCUGCUCCAUCCUCAACCCUGUCCUGGGCCAGGAGAAGGCCAUGGCCAUUGUCAUCCCAGAGCCCUUCUUCCCCCGGGCCUCUCCCUGGAAGCCGGCUUUCCUGGUGAGCCUGCCCUUGCUGCUGCUCCUGCUCCUGGGGGCAGCCUGCUACACCCAGAGAGAACAUUCCACACAGAUGCGGGAGCUGCAGGAACAGAGGAAUCUGGGCCAGGCUAAGGAGGAGGACAGACAGACCAAGGAGGAGGCCCUUAAGGACACAGAUGAACUCCAGGCAAUUCUAGAACAGAGGAAGGCAGCUUACCUGGCUGCCUGGAGGAAGGCCCAACUGUAUGCAGAUUGGCGGAAGGAGCAGUUCCAGGCCUGGAUCUGGACUAUCUGAGCAGAACAACUGGCCAUCCACACUUUCAGGGAAAUGGUGGAUGAUGGACUUAAAAUGGAACCUAAUAUUCUACUUGCAUGCUUCCUAUUCCAGAGUGGAAGACAUACACAUACAUUUUCAAGCCUCAUAAAAUCUUUGUUAUUUGUAAAAAAAUUUGUGGUGUCUUAAUGUACAGAAUUUAGGAGAAGCACUUGGGAUCCCCUUAUGUGUCAACAACUGUUGGAAGGAGAGAACUGCUCCCUGAAUUAAGAUGAGAAUGAAGAAGAGCCUUUCACUCUCAGGGUGACUUGGGGAGUUGUGACCUGAGCUCCAGGUGUCCCUGUGCUGACUCGGUCCUUCCACGUCCUCUGGCAAAGGGUCACGGGAACCACAGCUGCCAGAGGAAGGGGAAUACUUAGCCUCAGACCUGCAGGGAGGAAGGUGUGAUCCUCCCCCAGGGGACACUGAUGUGGUGGGAGGAUGAGAAGGAGAAGGGGGAGUGGGGGAAGAGUCAGAUAUAAUAAUGGUGUGCAACCCAGGACAAAAAACAAGGAUUCUAAUAAUUUUAACAUUUUCUCUUCCUGUCAUAUGCAUUAUUUUUUAUUUACUUUGGGUGUCCUUUUUAUGCAUUUAUACAAGUAGUUGGAGCUAAUGCUUAUAAUAGAGUUUUUCAGUAACAGAAUAAAGGGAAUGUGACUGAAUUUGAGAAAUAAGUAACAGAGCCAUGUUAGCUAUGAAGAUGUGGGCUGCUUGUCUCCUCAUUCUGGGGAAACAGACAGUGGGUUGUGUGGGUGUUCAAAGUGUAUAAAUGGUGUGUGUGGAGCUGAGUAGUCACAGGUGUGGACUCUCCUAUGACCCAUAUGUAGCUUCCUGGCCCACAUCCUCUACAUGGCCUCCUGGGUGAGCUGGAGCUGGACCCUAGGAGCGUGUCCCUUGGCCCCUGCACAGUGUCAGGAUGAGCCCUGGAGGGACACUCCAGUCACAGCUGAGGACACGCGGCUCUCCUGGUCAUGAUGCUUUUCUUCUGGAUCCUAUGGUAUGAUGU